CUUCCUGUCGGGCGGACGCUCCAGCUCCCCUCCUCCCGCUGCCCUCUCGCUGCGGAAGCGACGAGCGUCUGACAGGCUGGUGCGCCCGCCGCCCUGAGAUGGCUGAUCCUUGGCAGGAAUGCAUGGAUUAUGCAGUAACCCUAGCAGGACAAGCUGGUGAGGUGGUUCGUGAAGCUCUCAAGAAUGAAAUGAAUAUUAUGGUUAAAAGUUCUCCGGCUGAUUUGGUAACUGCUACUGACCAAAAAGUUGAAAAAAUGCUUAUCUCAUCCAUAAAGGAAAAAUAUCCAUCUCACAGUUUCAUUGGUGAGGAAUCUGUGGCAGCUGGGGAAAAAAGUAUCUUAACUGACAACCCUACGUGGAUCAUUGAUCCUAUUGAUGGAACAACUAACUUUGUACACGGAUUUCCUUUUGUAGCUGUUUCAAUUGGCUUUGUGGUAAAUAAAAAGAUGGAGUUUGGAAUUGUGUACAGUUGCCUGGAGGAUAAGAUGUACACUGGCCGGAAAGGAAGAGGUGCCUUUUGUAAUGGGCAGAAACUGCAGGUUUCACACCAAGAAGAUGUUACCAAAUCUCUCUUGGUGACAGAGUUGGGCUCUUCCAGAACACCAGAAACUGUGAGAAUUAUUCUUUCUAAUAUGGAAAGGCUUCUUUGCCUUCCCAUCCAUGGGAUCCGGGGUGUUGGAACAGCAGCUCUGAACAUGUGCCUGGUGGCCGCUGGGGCUGCGGACGCGUAUUAUGAAAUGGGGAUUCACUGCUGGGAUGUCGCAGGUGCUGGCAUCAUUGUGACUGAAGCUGGCGGUGUGCUCCUGGAUGUCACAGGUGGACCAUUUGAUUUGAUGUCACGAAGAGUAAUUGCUUCAAGCAGUAAAACAUUAGCAGAAAGGAUAGCCAAAGAAAUUCAGAUAAUACCUCUUCAAAGAGAUGAUGAAGAUUAACUCUGACAGCUUCACACAUUCAGUCACAGUUGGUCUCCCCAGGUUUUCUGAUGUGCUCGUGGUGUUACAAAAUUCAGGACUUCUGUUUCACUUGAAAAAUAUGAUUGGUGUAAAUUGCUUUCAGAGUCCAUAUUUAAAAACUACAACUUGUUCUGUGUUUUACUAAGAGUAGGUGUGCAAGAGUGGAUGAAGUAGUUCAUUGUUUUAAAAAUGUCUGUGUGGUAAGAAUGUACUUUGGGAAAGUACACAGGCAGUUGGUGAGAUAGGUUAUCACAUCAGCUGAAAUAGCCAGUUAGCAAUUUAGAGUUUCUAAGUAUUUAUGAGCCUGUGAAAUUUUGGCUUACUAUUUCUGUGCAUAUGCAUUCUUAAUGAGACAGUUAACUUUUUGGAAAAUUUUUUCUUUAGUUUCAAAAGCCAUAGUAAAUUUGUAAGAUGUAUAUAAUGAAUACUGCCUAGACCAAGAUUUCUUUCUCUGCAGAAAACCUUGUUUUAUUCAUCAGUGUAGCACCAAACAUGGUACCUGUCAAAUGGGAGGCAAUCCAAAAAUAAGCAUUGAAAGAAUGAGUAUUUUGAAGGUAGUAAUUCCUAGUUGCUAUGGAAAGUAAUGAGCUGAUCACUCUGUAAUUUUACUUCAGGUUUGGACGUAAGAACAUCUGGUCAUCCUUUUUAUAUUUCACGUUACUGUUCCUGUUAACAUUUCGUAUUACCAUGCCAUUCCAGUGACUGCACCAAACAAAACUCCCCCCACCACUCUCGCUGUGCGUUUGUUUUAAAUCGACAGUGGCGGCAGUUGGAGCCGAGGAGAAACCAGUGGGCCAGAGACAGCGCUCUCCCCGCACCCUCGUGGCCGCCUGUGUCGGUUUCCUAUUGCACAGAACACGUGGUCCCCGAGCCCAGUAGCGUCCAAUGGUGCCUGCUUACCACGGCACAGUCUGGGAGCAGCAGUCCCGGGCGCCUUCGCGAGGAUCCUGUCCCAAGGGUCUUCCAUGCGCUUGCAGUCAAGACGUUGAACGGAGCUGCAGCAUCUUGGUUUGACUGGGGCUGAAGCUCCUCCUCAGUCUCGCUUGUGUGGCUGUUGGCAGCAGCUCCUUGCUGUCUGGUGGCCAGAGGCUUGCCUUCCUGUCCGUCUUCGUAGCUGAGGGUCCUCAUUGCGUGGCGACGGCCUUCCGCCAGAAGAAGUGAACCGAGAGAGGAGGCAAGCAGGAGACCGCUGUGCCUCCUAUAACCUGGUCUCUCAAGUCGUCACUCUCACUUCCAUUCUUUUCUGUUCAGCAGAUGUGACUCUUUAAGUCAGCCACACUCAAAGGCUGGGGAAUUCCCUGAAUAGAUAGCAUCAUUCUAGAAUUCUCUCUCUUGAGAUCCAGACUUAUGCUUCCAAAAGCCAAGUAAAAUCUCUCUCAAUGUGUUGCAGAUGUCUCAUGCUGAACGUGUCUCCAAAUAAACUCAAUCCCUGCUCCCA